CUCAGCGGCACUUUGAGGGGUGUCCUAUCUCGGUACUGGAGCUUGGAGAGUCUCCACUCCACCACAGCUGCUCUGCCUGAUGGGACCUCCCACAAAUACAGGUCUGGAGAAGAGCUUGGCAGUGAAGAAGACUUGUUGUAUGAAGAGUUCUGCAGUUCUGUACACUGUUUUGGACAUCCAGGAGGAGGUGGAGGAGAGCAGUUAGCUGUCAAUGAGCUUAUCAGCGAUGGCAGUGUGGUGUAUGCAGAAGCCCUUUGGGAUCACGUCACCAUGGAUGACCAGGAGCUCGGUUUUAAGGCUGGUGAUGUCAUUGAAGUAGUGGAUGCCACCAACAAGGAGUGGUGGUGGGGUCGUAUCAUAGACAAUGAGGGAUGGUUUCCGGCCUGCUUUGUUCGGUUGCGUGUGAAUCAGGAUGAGCCUACAGAUGACUUUAAAGCCCACCUGGAGAUGGAUGGCUCCACUGGAAGCAAAGAUAGGCUAACUCUUGGAUUGUUCUUGGGACCAGGGUUGCCCAGCAAGGAACAGAUGAGAGCAAAUGUCAUUAAUGAGAUAAUUAGCACGGAGAGAGAUUACAUCCAGCACCUAAAAGACAUCUGCGAGGGUUAUAUCAAACAGUGCCGUAAGAGGACAGAUAUGUUCAACGAGGAGCAACUUCAUACCAUCUUUGGUAAUGUUGAAGAGAUCUACAAGUUCCAGAGAAAAUUCCUAAAAAACCUUGAGAAGAAAUACAACAAGGAGCAACCACACCUCAGUGAGAUUGGCUGCUGCUUCCUUGAACAUCAAAUACAUUUUCAGAUCUAUUCCGAGUACUGCAACAACCAUCCCAACGCCUGUAUCCAGCUCUCCCUGCUUAUGAAGAUCAGCAAGUUUGUGUUCUUCUUUGAGGCCUGUAGACUCCUCCAGAAGAUGAUCGACAUUUCUCUGGAUGGAUUCCUGCUCACGCCGGUUCAGAAGAUCUGCAAGUAUCCAUUGCAGCUAGCCGAGCUGCUCAAAUAUACCAACCCACAGCACAGAGAAUAUAAAGACGUGGAAGCGGCCCUAAACGCAAUGAAGAAUGUGGCCAGGCUCAUUAAUGAACGGAAACGGCGCCUUGAGAAUAUUGAAAAGAUCGCACGAUGGCAAAGUUCCAUAGAGGGUUGGGAGGGUGCAGAUAUAUUAAGCAGGAGCUCUGAUCUCAUCUUCUCAGGAGAGUUGACCAAACUCUCUUUACCACAUGCCAGGAGUCAACAGAGAAUGUUUUUCCUCUUUGACCAUCAGCUCGUGUAUUGCAAAAAGGAUCUCUUGCGCCGCGACAUGCUAUAUUAUAAAGGUCGACUGGACAUGGACCACAUGGAGAUUGUUGAUGUUGAGGAUGGCAAGGAGAACCACUUUAACAUCAGUGUGAAAAAUACGCUGAAGCUGCGAUCCCUUAUUGGUGGUGAGGUACACCUCCUAUGUGCCAAGAAGCCUGAACAGAAACAGCGAUGGCUUCGAGCAUUUGGUGAAGAGAGACGGCGGGUCCAGUCUGACCGGGAGACAGGGUUUACACUCACUGAAGACCAGAAAAAACAGGCUAUUCUAAAUGCCUGUAAAACCUGUUUGUCUGGAAAACCCAAAGUGAUGAGCAGACCGUAUUACGACCUACUGAGACAGAAACAUCCGUCCCUCCCCACGGCCUUAUCGCAACAGCACGUCUUCAUGCUGGAAGAACCCAAACGCAAAGCCUCGACCUUCUGGCACAAUAUCAGCAGACUUACACCCUUUAAAAAAUAA